AUGGGUGUGCUGCCCACCUUCCGAAGGGUAACCUGGCAGACCUGCCCCAGGGACAGCCAGCAAGAAGGUCUCUACUCCCCCAAGGCCUCAGGGAGAAUGGCCAAUGGGAAAGCCACCAUCAAGCCCAGGGAAGAAGAGUUCCAUCCUCAUGCAGCCAAGGACAGCUUUCUGAGGUGGCCUAUGCUUUCCCAGAAGCUGGGGACUCUUGGGGCAGCUCCCUCUGUGGCCUGGUCUGAUUGUAUCAAGGAGCCAAGCCCCUAUAUGAAGACCUGCAGCCUGCCCGUGUGGUCUCCGUGCUUGGACACCAGGGAUGCGAACAGCUCAGUGUCAUCUGGCCGACUCUCUGGCUCCUCAGGGGGGCAUGAUUCAUGCGCACUUUUCCAUGGGCCCUGGAAAGAAAGGCCACCCCUGGUGUUGGGGCCCCAGCGUCAGCCCAGGAAGAGCAACCCUCGUCUGGAGCAGUUGAGGGACAAGAUCCGGGCCCAGGCACAGUGGCAGGCUAGCUGUGCCUCCCUGGGCACCUCUGUCCCCUCUAGUGCCUCGUGCCUCUACAAGACCUCCUCAACAGGGCUCCAGAGGAAGACCCCAAGGAUUACAAAUGACCUUCCGGUGGCUGCUUGCCCAGAUUCUGAGUUGACUGGUGUGUACGCCUGGAGGAAAGGACAAGCCCUGGUGAGGCGGCUGCUUGGGCCCCCUCCUGCCCUCUCCCGGCUCCAGAGCAAGGCCCCUGCCACGGAAUUAGGCUCUGACAAGGAAGCAGGAACCGUCGGGGACACAUCUGUCCACACCUGGUUCUCUAAGCUUCCCUGUGCCCGUGGUGACCAGCAGGUUUCUGAGCACACACCCAACCUAGCUUUCCAUGAUCAGUCAGAAACUAUCCAGGGUGCCAUUGAGAUCCUACAAGACCUGCGCCAGCAAAUCCAGACUGGUCUGGAGCUUGCCAGGCGCCCCAGGGUGGCAAGGAAGCUCUCAUCAAAACCAAAGCCACAGAACCUGGCAGGGAAGAACCAGCAGGGACCCCAGAGCCCCUGGGACAUUCAGGGCUCCCCAAAGAGUGCUUGGACUGCAACAGAAGGGAAAUGCUCUUCCUUGGGCAGGGCUGGAAAUUUGCACAGCCAGCAACACUGGAAGAAAGCGGCGACUGAGCAGGAGUCUUGUCCACAGAGAGCCUGGACAACACAGAGACAACACACCUCCUUCCAGAAGCCUGGAAGCACCCCAGAAAAGCCAGGCUCCUUCUCCCAGCGGCCCUGGAGUGCCAUGGCUUGGCAAACCAGUCCACAGAGGGCCUGGGAAAAUCUAGGACAGGAUCCCUCCUUCCAGAGGUCUGGAAGCCCCCCUAAAAAGUCAAGCCCCUUCUCACAGCGACCCUGGAGCGCUCUGGCUGGCCAAGCUUGUUCACAGAGGACUUACACAGCUGGUACAGACUGGGAGGUUCCUGGGUACAGCCCAUGGAGCUCCAUGGCGAGGUCACAUCCUGUUCCCCAGCAGCCUUGGAGUAGUGCCUCUGUUCAGAGUCCCUAUAGUAAGGAAAAAUGUGCUGGCCCUCCUCCCUCAAAAGUCAAGCCAGCUUGGCCAGAACCUGCCCAGGACUUCCCUCAUAGCAAACCAGCAAAGGAGCAAGACACCCUGGAGACCCCACCCUGUCCAAGGCCACGGCAGUCUCUGGGCCAGCCACGUAACUCUGAGUCCUUGCGUGACUUCAUGCGCCGGAAGGCCCAGGCCCGACGCCAACAGGCCAUGGAGCAGAAGACCUUGGCUGCACACACUCUGGAGCUGAGGAACCAGAGGCUGCAGGAGCUAUAUCGGAAACAGCGAGAGGCCAUCCUGGGCAAGGCUGUUCCUGUGGUUUCCCAGAGGAGCCCUGGCAUCGUCACCUUUGUUCCCAGUUCCGUACAGUCUGAGGACCUGGAAGCCCCCGGGAGUCUCAGGUCACCACUGCAGAAGUGGAGCAAGGUGACAUCUGGCAUGGUACUUGGGAACCAAGAGGCUCCAGACAGCUUCUGUCUGUGUUUGAACAAACCAUGGAACCGUGCUGAGACCCAGAACACUGGAUGCCCCCGGGAAGGCGUAAGUGGUGCCCCUCUGCUACUGUCUACUGAUUCCUCCCCUGACCCCAUAAAGCUCCAGGACCUGCGGGGUGGGCUGUGUGUCUACCUGGACCCCCAGGACACUGAGCAUCUGGGCCCAUCGGGCCUCCCGCACUUCCAGUACAAGCAGGCCCGGCUGCAGGCACUGGAGACCAUGGCCGAUGUCCUCAAGCAGCGUAUCGACAUCUUAACCACCAAGUUACACAAGUCGACAUCGCCGGACACAGCUGGUGACCUGGCCUCCGACAUGCCGCCCUUGGGCCCCAGCACAGCACCUACCACCCCCACUCUCACGCCUCCCUCUUACCUCAGAAGUUUAGUGUCUGACGGGAGCAGAGAAACUCCCCAGGACUGGGUGGACACGCAGGGCAAGCCCCUUCUCCCAAGCACCUACUUCCAGGACAGCCCCAGCUGGAAGCCUCUGAGCUCAAACCUGGGGACUCACAUUGAGAGCCAGCCCCAAGGUCCUGUAUCCAGCACCCCUGCCUCAGUGUCUCAGGUUCAACCUUGCCUUGCCGGCUCAUCAAGUCGUGGCGCCCUUUCCAAAGGUGCCAUAGAGGAGAGACAUCGGGAGCUGGAGAAGAAGCUGCAGAGAGAGAUGGCUACUCUCCAGGCCCUCAGUGCCUGCAUGAGAAGCUCACUUGGGUUACCAGCUGCACCAGCCCCCACCUGUGGCUCCCUUUGGCAGGAGGAGAAACUGGAAACCAAAAAGGCAGGCUUGGUAACACCCUGGACCACCCAGAGCUGCGGUCAACAGGAGCCCAAGGGGCCACAUUCUGGAGGGCACCUGACCAGUUUCCAGCUGAAAUCCUUGCACUUUCUCCAGUCACUGAAGCUGGACCAGCAGAAGCAGGAGCAGGCGCUGGCCCUUCUGCGACAGCGGGCAGAGCAGGAGGUAUGGGAGACGCAGAUGGCACUAGAUGAACUUGUCUUCAAACACCAGCUGAAGCAGCGGAUGGAGAAACCCCUCGUCCAGCAAAAGCCAGAAAAGGCUUUGAAGCUGGAACAGCAGCAGACAUGUGGUGGCCUAGAGCCGAGCACACCGUCUCUCAACACAGUGACAACGAGCACACCAUCUCUCAACACAGUGACGACCAGAUCUAGAUCACCACCCUUCCCACAAAGAGACAACAAGGAGUCCUUGAAGCAUCCUGAGGAGGCAAGGGCAACUUCUGCAGGACCCCACCAAGGCCUGUUUUCUGGCUUGGAGUCGGUGCAGCAGGACCCAGCCCCCUCCCAGCUGGCUCUAACCAAGUUCUUCCCUUCAGACAGAACCACCUACAAGAUGCUGGAGCAGAGUCUGAGAGACGAAGAGUUGCGUGCCCAGCACCAGGCUGCAGUUCUCCGACUGCGUGAGAUGGCGCUGGAGGAAAAAGCCCGUGCGGAGCUGGCCUGCCUGGAGCAUCAGAUAGGGUGUCUGGGGCUCAAGGGGCGCGAAGCGGCACGGGCCACUUUGUGGGAGAAGCAACAACUAGCCCUCAGCAGGCUUGAGAAGGAACGGAGGGAAAUCCAGUACCUGAAGAAGGUGUAUGCAUCCCUGCACCGUGACAGAAAGCAGCUCCUGCAGCACCAGCAGUCUAUCCUCAAUGUGCAGAGGUCCGUGGCUCACUUGCGGCAGGAGCUCCAGGCCCGGACCCAGCUGCUGCAGAGUUCCAGCUCCAGCGUCAAGGUUGCCUGGGAAGGGGUCUCUGACACAAAUCAGAAAACAGAGGAACACAGACCUGGGAGCCCCCAAAGCCACAACCCCCAGGAACUCUCAGACAGCUUGAAAGUUUCAGACCUUUCUCCAGAGCAGAAGGAAGUGGCACCUCCCCAGGAAACUUCAGCUGCAGAUAAGCUCCCGCAGCCUCGGAGGCUGAAGUGGGCAGAUGUCACACCUGGGAUUGGAAGCCCAUCUGUGGAGAGUGGACAUGACAUCCAAGGGCCUGGAAAACAGCCUUGUGUCUCUCCCCCUAGUCUGCUGCACUUGAGCUCCCUGGACUCCGAACAUCAGAAACACUCAGCCUUUCCCGUCAUCGAGAAAGAUGGUAACCCAGUCUCUCAGCUGAAGCCACAGGAGGCCAAGGAACUGCUUCUUCCAGGCGACCUACAGACCAAGCCCAGUGCAGCCUGGGUAGUUGAGAGGCAGCCUACGGACAGCCAUGCUUGGAGCUUGCAUGGACCGUGUGGAGAGUCCCUAAGUGAAGAAGCCAGAGUGGCUGAAGAAAGAACAAGUCAAGGCCUGGAUGUUUCCAGAAGCCCAAAGGGGGAAUCCCAGGAAGAGGCACACUGGAAGUCAGAGCAGCAAAGGAGAGAAACCUGUCAGCAGGAGAACCCAGACAUCCCCUCCACCCACCUGGAAGCUGACCAGGAGGCUGCUUCCCCAGCAGCUCCUGUGGCCAGCGAGGAGGAGGCACAGCCUGCCUGGCACCUAGACAGCCCUCUGUCCCAGCCUGCUGCCAUCUUGGACACACGUUCUAAGUCUGCUUCUAGAAGCUGCUCAGGGUCUUCGGAAGCCCCUGCCUUAUCCCUCACCCCCUCAGCAGGCUCAGCAAGUAGCCUUUCCUGUUCAUCUCUUCAGGAGUUCCAGAAAGCCACGGCCACCCUCAUCCAUCUUUCUAACAGCUCCACAUCCCUGUCUAGCUUGGAAGCUGAAGAUACCCUGCAAGCAAACCCCAGCUGGUCUAGGGAGCUUUCUGCUCAUGAUUCCUGGGAGGAACCCGGCCUGCCUGCCUUCUGGGGCCACCAGGGACUUCCUCAGCUGGAGGAGGCUCCUGAGGAUGUAGGUCCAGUGACCCUGCAGAAACUGGAAGGCAGGGGGACCAGACUCCUGAGUGGCUUCUCUGAGGAGGCAGCUAUAGCAGGAGACUUAGAACCAGGGUACAACUUACUUCAGGCAGGCUGGCCAUUGUCGUUCCCACGUGCCCCUUCUCCAAGACUGGGGUCCGAGUUGUCAGAGUCCUCCAGCCAAAUUUGGGAUGAGAACAAUGAGGAGAACCUUGAAGAACCUAGCCCUGGUGUUGAGCCACCUUCAGGGAGCUCCUUGCCUGCACGUGGUUCCCUGGACAUGGAAGACAAUGAAGGGUCCUAUGCCACUCAUACCUCCCCGGGAUCUGGGGAGGAACAAGAAGCUUCCAGAACCUGUAAAAGCCCGACUGGGACAUUGAAUACAGGGAAAACCAUGCAGGUAUCUCCUGUGGCCACCUUGACAGUGUUCCCACAUCAGACCCCUUUUAUUAAUGACUCGACUCUGCCCUCCUUCUGUUUGCACAUGUCCACCUCAGAAAAAACAGAUCCCAGUAAAGAAAACAUGACUCCUGAAGAACCACAGGAUGUGGACACUGGUCCAUCCAUACAAAAGAAGCCCCUACAGGCCUUGCCUGAUCCUAAGGCCACCAUGACCCUGAAGGCUCCUUCUGAGGACAAAGCUCCCCUUGUCACAGAAGUAGCCUGUCCCUCAUAUGUAGAAAGCUUCCUGACUGAAAUUCUGUCUCCUGUGGAUGAGGAGCUAUCUUAUGGCAGUGGGGACCUUCCAUCCUCCAUCCACAGGGAUGCUCAACUCCCUCCGCCUCCUCCAACUGCCCAAGCACAGAGUGACAUAAAUGAGCCCAACCCCAGCUCAGAAGACUUCCCUUCUCCGCCUGAGGAGGCCAUGUUUCCAGGUGACUCACUGGACACCCUAGGAGAGGAUAUGUCCAUUACUGCUGAGAAUAUGUCCUCCUUGUCUGAGGGGGCUCUGGAGGAAGCCCUUUUUCAGGGUCCCCAGAAGUCAGGGCACUCCCUGGGAGCAUCUGAGCACAGCGGUAGCCUGGAUGACUCAAGUUCAAUACCUCCCUUGAGUAAUUGGGUGGUCGGUGCCCCUGAGAUGUCCCCAAGACUGUCAGCUCAGCCCCUGAGUUCAUCCCCAAUGGCUUGUGCGGCCAGAGAGAAUCUUGCAGAGGCCUUAGGCAGUCAAGGGACAGGAGAUGCUGGGCCAGUGGAUGUGGUGUCCACCCAGCUCAGCAGGAGGAUCUUAUGCGACUCUCUGGCUGCACUGUCAGGGCUGGCCCCUGGAGACAGCCCCUAG